UCCAAACAAGCAUUCCAAAUUUCUUCGAUCUCUUGUGGCACGAAAAUUAAUCCAUGGCAGAAACAUCAAUCCACGACCUACCGGAAGACUGUCUUGCUCAAGUUAUCUCAUUUACAACACCUAUUAACGCGUGUAAAUCUUCGACUCUAUCUACUAUGUUUCACAAUGCAGCCGAAUCGGACCUUGUGUGGGAUAAAUUCUUACCUUAUGAUUAUCGUGAUAUUGUUUCAAAUUUGGUUUCCCCUAUGGAGUUUUCUUCCAAAAAGGAUCUGUUUUUCAAGCUUUCUGCUCCUCUUCUCAUUGAUGGUGGUAACAAGACAUUUGCGAUUGAUAAAUAUACAAAUAAGAAAUGCUACAUGUUGAGUGCAAGAGAAUUAUCAAUUACUUGGGCAAGCGAUCCUCUUUGCUGGUGCUGGAAACCUCUUCCUCACUCAAGAUUUUCUAAAGGAGUGGAGCUUAUAAUGAUAUGGUGGCUUGAGAUAUAUGGUGAAAUCAACACUCGAAUGUUAUCAAAAAAUACAACAUAUGGAGCCUACCUCGUUGUUAAACUUGCAAAUCGUGCAUUUGGGUUAGAUUUGCUUCCAUCUGAGGUUUCAAUUGAACUCGAUGAUUACAAAUCAACAAGAGUAACUUAUUUAAGAGGCAUCAAUGAGUGUAAAAAACACUAUAUGGAGCGUGAUUUUAAGGAACACAAAAUUGAUGGAUCAAGUGAUUGUGAAGAUGAAGAAUGCAUUCUUCAUAUGCGUGACGAUGGAUGGUUAGAAGUUGAACUGGGUGAAUUCUAUUGUGAUGCCGAGGAUAGAGAGGUGAAAAUGAGCUUCAAAGAGGUCAAGGGACAGCACCUCAAAGGGGGCCUUCUUGUCGAAGGCAUUGAGAUCAGACCUAAGCACUAAACGUUAAAUGAUAAGAAAAGUACAUCGAAAUUAUUGUUGCACAUAAUCAUUUUUUGAUUAGCUUUGUGGGAAAUUCUUUGUAUAAAGUAGCUAAUAAAGCACUGUCUUUGAGAUUCA